AUGUACAAGGUUUUAGUGUCCGAAAUUAUAGAGGAAGAUGAAGAAGAUUCCCCAGAUUCCCUAUCUUCCAGCUCUGACGACAGCUUUAUUGAAAGGCAUUUCCGUAUUAAUCGAGGUUUAUUUAGUGAAUUAGCUGAGAAAUAUGGUAACAGCCAAGAGUAUGCCAGCCUGGAUCAUUAUAAUAGAAUAGACUACAAAUUACAAAAACAAUUGGCGGUAUUUCUGUGGUUUGCUGGCCACGAAGCCUGUUCUUAUCGGGAUCCACAUCCACAAAAUAAUUUACCGAGUGACAAAAUGUAUCAGCGAAAUGAAGAGAUCAAUAUAUUAAAUGAAUACGAACCACAUAAAAUAGAAAAUGCGUUAGUUCACCUACAGACAAGUUUUCAAGGAUGUGUUGCUAAUCAGCGAGGAAAUAUCCGUUUCGACCAGAGGCGGAGUACGCUGGAGAUCCGGAACCCCGUCGAGGACGACUUCGGCUGGUACGAGUGCGUCGCUCGAGGUGUUGACGGUAAAAACGCUUCCAGCAUCGAGGUACUAGGACCACCACGAACCACCACGCAGAUUCCUUUUAGUGAGCCAGUUUCUACUAAUGACAAUUUAAUAGGUGCUAACCUUGCAGAGCAAUUUAUUAAAUCAUUUUCCCAUAAUUCGACCAGCGCCCUCCAACAUUUGGCUCCUGAAACAAGAACCGUCAAUAGUAUCGAAUACAUAGAGUUUACAGAAAAAAAGAAGUCUGCAAAUUUACUCCCUCCACUACUAGUGUCAGCGAAUUCGAAUAUUAUUGACACUGGAGUAAUGCCAGAAGAUUGA